AAGCCUUUCCUUGUGAUGUGUGUCAUGAUUCAACUGAAGACCAUCCAAUGGAAAGAGCUAACAGAAUGAUAUGUGGAUACUGCUCCAAAGAACAAGCUUAUAAUGGCAGUAAUCCUUGUGUGUCUUGUGGUUCUGAUAUGACACAAAGUAAGAGUUCAUCACAUUGGGAAGGAGGUCAAGGCUGCCGUAACAAAGUGAAGAUGAGCAGGAAUGAUAGACAGAAAUAUGUAAAUUCAGAGAAGAAGACAGUUUCAAUGAAAAAUGAAAGAGUUGGAGUGAAAGGAAAGAACAAUAUAGACCAGAAGAGUGGAACAUUACAUAGCUAAAUUUAAACAUUAUACAAUACAUAUAAUACAGUGAUAAAAAUUAAAUAGCUUUUAAAACUGAAGUCAA